GGUUGUUUUCCUUGAUGGUUUGUUUAGAAUCUACUUAUGUCACGUUGGGUAAGUUCAUCUUAUUAGAUUCCAUGUUGUUAUUUUUCACCAUUACUACCGUUUUCUGCUUUUCCAGAUUUAAUAACUUUAACAAUAAAAAUCAAGAAUUUAGUAGAAAAUGGUGGAAAUGGCUUAUUUUGACAGGUUUAUCCAUUGGAUGUACCUGUUCAGUUAAAAUGGUUGGUUUAUUCGUGACUGCUUUAGUUGGAUUAUAUACCAUUGCUGAUUUAUGGACCAAAUUAGGUGAUAAGUCAAUUUCUUGGAGAAAAUACAUUUUCGGCCAUUGGGCUGCAAGAAUUUUUGGCUUAAUUGUUAUCCCAAUGUCCGUAUUCAUGUUAUCAUUCAAGAUUCAUUUUGAUUUGUUAUACAAGUCCGGUACCGGAGAUGCCAACAUGUCACCACUUUUCCAGGCUAAUCUAGUUGGCUCUAGUGUUGGUGGUGGCCCAAGAGAAGUUUCCAUUGUUCAUUCUAGUGUUACCAUCAAGAACCAAGGGUUGAGUGGAGGAUUGUUACAUUCUCACGUGCAAACUUUCCCAAGUGGUUCUAAACAACAACAAGUUACUACUUAUGGUCACAAGGAUUCCAACAACAACUGGGUUUUCCAAAGAGCUAGAGGUGUUCCUCAUUAUGACACUGCUAACAACAAUACUGAUAUCGAAUAUAUUAUUGAUGGUAUGACUAUUAGAUUAAUGCACAAGAACACCGGUAGAAACUUGCAUUCUCAUGAAGUCGACGCUCCAGUAUCUAAAGCACAAUGGGAAGUUGCUGCAUAUGGUAACUUAACUUUAGGUGAUGUUAAAGACAAUUGGGUUGUUGAAAUUAUGGAACAAAAUAGUAAUGAAGAUAAAAUGAGAAUCCAUCCAUUGACCACUUCAUUCAGAUUAAGACAUGCCUAUUUGGGUUGUUACUUGGCUACUUCUGGAAGCAAUUUACCACAAUGGGGGUUCAGACAAGGUGAAGUUGUUUGUCACAAGGAUCCAUUCAAAAAGGAUAAGCGUACUUGGUGGAUAAUUGAAGAUAAUGAAAAUCCAAUCUUGCCACCACCAUCUGAAGACUUUAAAUUACCAAAGACUAAAUUCAUUAAAGAUUUUAUUCAAUUAAAUUUAGCCAUGAUGGCAACCAACAAUGCUUUGGUUCCAGAUGAAGAAAAACAAGACGAUUUGGCUUCCGACUUCUGGCAAUGGCCAUCAUUGAACGUUGGUAUUAGAAUGUGUGGAUGGGGCAGCAAGAACCCUAAGUAUUUCAUGAUUGGAUCACCAGCCACCACUUGGACUUCCACUGUUGGUGUGUUUGCAUUUGCAUUGCUUGUUAUUUACUACUUAGUUAGAUGGCAAAGACAAAUUAUUGAUUUCCCAAGCACUAACCCAGAUAAGUUGAAGAGAUUCUUGAUGGGUGGUAUCUAUCCAAUGUUUGGAUGGGGAUUGCAUUAUGUUCCAUUUGUGAUUAUGGGUCGUGUGAAGUAUGUCCAUCAUUACAUGCCUGCCCUUUAUUUUGCCAUGCUUGUGUUCUGUUAUGAAGUUGACAGUUUCUCAAGAAGAUUGAAUGAUAGGAACGCUAGUGUCGCUAGUAAAUUAUCCUACGCCGCCCUUUAUCUUGGAUUGUAUGCCUUGGUUGGUGGUACAUUCUACUAUUUCAGAUACUUUUCAUUUGGUAUGGAAGGACCAAAGGAAGAUUGGAAACAUUUGCAACUCUUGAGAUCUUGGAGAGUUGCUGAUGAUAAUUACCGUUGAGAGUGGCGUGGUUAACGUUGUUUCCUGUUUAUUUUGUUUUAUUUAGUAUAAAAUCUGUUUAUAUUGCAAAUGAAUAAUUUGUAAAGAUAUUCUGU